AUGCACAAUGAUCUUGUUUUGAACAACAGGCCAGCAAAUAAUUUGUCGACUAAGCUUUUUAGUGGAGUUUUGGUUUUUAAGGAAUCCAGCAAGGACGAAUGUGGUGUGAGCUCAUACAAUGAUUUGGGAAAGGCUAAUGAGAUUCCACAUGAGAAUGUCGAUUUGAUAAUAGACAAGAGCUCAAGAGGAGGUCAAAAUGGCAACCAUGUGGCUCUUGAGAAGAAAAAAUCGAAAGAGAAAUGUAAAGCAACAAAUUCUAAAAAAGCUCCCAAGCCACCGCGACCUCCGACAGGGUUGUUGUUGGAUGCCACUGACAUGAAGUUGGUCAAAGAGAUAUCUGAGCUUGCCAUGAAAAAGCGUGCAAGGAUUGAACACAUGAAAUUGAUAAAGAAGAUGAAAGCAACCAAACCAUUGUUAUCCUCAAACAGCACCCUAUCUGCCAUGGUUGACACACUUGUCGUCCAUCUCAUAAUAACCUUCCAAGACUGUAGGAUUUGGCCUAGAAACAGUUCCAGUGAGAAAUUCCAUGGGUUUCCUAGGUCAUCUGCUGCUACAAAUGGCUUGAUAUCAGUUCAGUUUUACAAUGACCUUUUUGGAACCGAUAGCAUUAGACUGAGUUCCAAGUCUACCCAGUUUGUAUUCUUUUCUUGGCGAUGUCGUUCUGUAGAACAGAAUUUAGACCGCCUGAAUGAGUUACUGGAUAAUGUGGUUCGCUGA